AUGCAACCAAAAUGUUUCAUUGAUAAUUGUGAGCAGAACAGAAUUCGAUCAGAAAGGAAGAGGAAAUGGGUGAGUUUACUUGCAGGUCUUCGUGAACAAGGUUUGUACAGGAAUUGUGGUGUGACGUCAAAAGUACAGAAAUUGAUGCAAGUCGGAUUGGACAAACGACGUGCAACUUCGAACGAGAAACUGAAUUUCAUCGAUGACGUCGAAUGGGAAACGAAAACCGUUUCAAGUGCCAUCAAAACUUUUCUUAGGAAUCUUCCUGAACCGCUAAUGACGUUCGACUUGCAUAGUCAAUUCAUAAAUGCAGCCAAAAUGGAUUCUGCAACACGGGUAUCGCAUAUUCAUUAUUACGUUCAUCAGCUUCCCAAAACGCAUUUCGAUAUGUUGAGGCUUGUCAUCGAACAUCUUAAGAAAGUGGCAGAUCGAUCGAGUGAUAAUUUGAUGACAGUUGGUAACUUGGGUGUUUGUUUCGGACCAACUCUGUUGAGACCGAAAGAGGAGACGAUGGCCGCAAUAAUGGAUAUUAAAUUUUGUAAUGUUGUCGUUGAAGUGCUCAUUGCGAACUGUGAUCUCAUCUUCAAUACGCAACCAUCGAAUAUAGAUGGUGUUCCAUGCCCACCAAAACCAGUGCAUCGGAAUGAUUCAAAUGUGGUUGCUGAAGGCAUCAGUAGUUCGCCUUCAGCUGUUCCAUUUCUAGACGUUGUUCCAUCUUCGUUUCAUAAACAGUCGUCUGUAUCGCCAUCCGCUGACAAACGGUUCGAUAGUUUUGUUCGAUCACAUCUUCAUUCAUUUCACGAUAAAUUUCACGGCUCAUCGUCGUCAUCGUUACCGGGCGUAGUGGCUGGUGGAAAUCGACCACGUUCUAUUGGUAAUUCGACGGCGAGACAGCGACCGCCACAUAUCUACGAUAGGGUGGCCACAUCUUUUAUUGACAGUCAAUCCGAUGCGAAUUUGAAUUCGCCACCGCGACUGUUACCGUCCUACGGUAAAGCAAGCACAUCGGCUGGAGCCAGUCCAGUCUCGCCGACUGCCUCCACGGUGGCAUUAUCAAUAAGUCAGUCAGCCGUUGCAUCUUCGACCGUGCCGAAAUCGCAUCAUGCCAUGAAGAGGGCAACCAAUUCUCAAGUUAGUGCUGGUGGCAAUGGACGACAACGAAGUGCGCAGUAUUAUCAUCAUCAACAACAAGACACUCGUACGGAGAGUUCAGAUUCGUUGAACUCAGUAGCAAGUGGCUGUUCUGUAGACGCCUCUCCUCCACUCUCCUCAACACGACAUCAACUUUCGAUGGAUACCGGCUCAGCAUUAUUAUCGUCGCGUGAACCACGUGCAGCUGGUGGUAGCGCUUCAUCAGCUUCAAAAGCAAAGAUGAGCGCAUCCUAUGCACCAGCGUAUAAUCCAUUCGCGUGUGAAUCGUGGAAUGAGAGUGCGAGGGUGAAUAAUGAUUACAUGAAGUUGAUUCGAUCACUUAGUGUUGAUGCUAUGGAUGAUUUCGCAAUCGUUAUUGUUGACAGCAGUAGCAAUAAUAAAAAUAAGAAUAAAAACCUCGGGUAUUUGGGGAUAUCAUCCGCCUUCACAGCAACUCCUAACGAGCGUUUGAACGGUGGAUCGUCAUCGAAGAAAUAUUCGCGAAAUGCGAGUAGCCCAGCAACAACUGGAACGGCAGUUUCACCCCAUCGUUCUCUGAAUUCCACCAAUUCCACUAAUCAUGCCUGUUCCCAAAAUGUGAUGAUGGCGCUCAGUGAACUGCGGAUAUCACCUCUGUUCUCGUAUUCUCAUCCUUUGAGAUCACUGCAACCGAGUCGUCGUGUUAAAACACUAUAUUCAUGCACAGCUGGUCACGAUACAGAGCUAUCGUUUAAGCCAGGCCAGAUUAUUACGAAUGUGUACGAAUCCAAAGAAGAGGGUUGGCUGGUGGGCACUCUGAAUGGCAAAACGGGUCUGAUACCGGCCAACUACGUCGAGCCAUUACCCUGA